AUGCCUCCAAGGAUACUACUAUCGCAAUCGCAACUCUCAGUGGUGGUGUCAUCGGCAGUCGUGUUCGUCUUCACGGCUUUGCUCUUCCUCUCCGGCUAUGUGAUCCAGCAACAGACGGUCAAAGGACUCAAGGUCGCAAUACAACCUCGAAUACCACAAGCUCCACCUUCACUAGGAAAUCCAGAUGAUCAAAAACCUACACAGCAAGAAUUCCAACCAUCGAGGCUAUUCGGCAGGAAUGGAGGGCGAGUUGCGUACACAGACUUCGACCGGGACGUGCACAGCGCCGGCACGAACAUCAACUGGCGGAGACUGGCUCAUGUCCAACUCGUGAGCAACCAUCACGAUGUCUGCAACGCGAUCAUGGUUUUGGCGGACCUACAUAUCAUGAAGUCUCCGGCCAGGAGGGUAUUGCUCUUCCCUAAAGCAUGGGCUCAAGAAAAGAAGGCCGAGACGGACGCAGAUCCCUACUUGGGGAGCACACGAAGGCUUCUGAAGCUCGCAGCGAGAAGAUACCACGUUGAACUGCACCCAAUUGAACCCAUCCUCAACCAGGCUGGGGAGGAGACGUACUCUCUUACUAGUGCAUACGCCCUGCAAAGCGACUUUGAUCGCCUCCUCGCAGUUGAAACGCCAGGCUUGCUCCUCGAUUCCGAGCCACUGGAUGCUAUCCUCGGAUUCACGGAAAGUGCGCCGUUCGUUAUGCUCCAUGACACUCAUUUGAAUGACGGAGUCCAUUCAGAGGACAUUUUCCUACUUGCGCCCUCGAAAGCCACGUACGCCGACCUGACGAAGCGACUCGCAACACCUGAGAUGAGUGGAUUCAACGAUACGUACCUGGCAUCCAUGUUCAACGACACGAUACUUCUCGCGUCGUCAGAUGAAAAGAGCGCUCUAAUCCGUUCUGUGGGCACACUCCACGAUGUUGGACACAAAUUCAACAAGGAAGCUUUCGUAUCGGACGUGGCGUACAUCCGCUUCUCAGACCCAAAGCUGCCUGGACCAGAGUAUGAGGUGCCUUGGCCGGACAAGGUGGCUGCGCGGCCCAAGAACAAGGACGCAGAUUGGAUCUGGACGGAUCUAUACGGGCAGUUUGCACAGAAGCGUAUGGACACUUGUGGCCUUGAUUUGGAAAGCUGGCGGCCGUAG